AUGAGAGCGAAGAAAAAUGCAGAGCAGAGGACGGCUAUCCUCGGGCAACACCUUAAAACCAACCAGGAGUCACCAGAUCUGCUCAGACAGUGGAGAAUACGCGGCGCUGCGGGCGAGAUGCAGCGAAACGUGGUUAUACGGUGCCUUUUUGUCUUUUUUUCCCCAGACUGUAUCCUUAAAGCAGUGCAAUGCAGUGCUCAGGACCUUCCCUGCAACGUCACUCGGGUGAAGGGUGAACACACAUGCUACAGUUUCCCAGAGUUCAAAGCAACUGACUGCAACUAUCAGUACUUAAACAGCUCCCACAAAGUCAUCGCCAAUCACGGCGACGAUGUUGAUGAAGUGGUGGUGACGAAAAGCAACCGGAUUCUCGUCACCAAGAAGUGCUUGAAACGGAUCUACUACAGGCGCGACUGCAUCUCUGAGGGGACACCACGCCAAGGGACCUGCGAGACUGACUGCACUUGGCCUGAAGAUGAAGAAGGUAAGGACAAACGAAGCGGGAUUUCCCAAACUGUCGGGAUUGUUAUUGGUGUCAUCGCCGUGCUGCUGCUGCUGCUGCUGCUGGGGUUCCUGUACUUCUGGUUCAAACACAAAAAGAAGACGUACCAUCCGCCCAGCCAGGAUGAUUCAGAGAGUGGAGCGAGUCAGUAGAGAUUCGUCGUUCUACUUUGCUACAAGGGGUGAAAGUGUUUUAUCAAUCUUUCCUUUCUUUGGUGUGUUACAGAAGAAUCAUUAUUUGACUCAUGUCCGGUACUUUUCUUUUUCAAUAUAUAAUCACAUUUGGUGCAAAAGUAGACAUUUAGAGCGUUUUCUCACAGAAUACAGUAGCACCCUUAAAGCUGGGGUAGGCAGAAAAAAAGACAAUUAAUACACUGUCCUCUGUAAUAAGCCCCUCCCUCCAAGAUAUUAACAUUUUCUCUCCAUCUAUGAAAAACUUUGCCUAUAUGGACACAUUUAAUUUUGAAACAAAACAUCCUCUCUCUGAAAUGAUUGGCCAGAGUCUGUCGUCAGCCUAGAUUUUCUAAAAAUCCUAAAAAAAAACCCAAGAGGAGAUGCAGAAGUCAAUUUUUCUGUAAGACCACUUUAAUUACAAUAAGCUAAAAAUUAAGCACCCUACCCCAGCUUUAAAUCCACUCCUGUGUUAUUAUA